GCAGGUACUGUUCUGGAAAAGAAGAGAAAACAUGGCUUAUACAGUAAAUGAACAUUAAACUCCUGGACCAAAAGCCGAAGUGUCCUUUUCAUGAAGGAUGGCAACACCAUACGUUCCCGUUCCUAUUCCUGUUGGAAGUUCAUCAUCCAGCUUUACAAACAGAAACCAAAGAAGUUCUUCUUUUGGGAGCAUCUCGACGAGUUCCAGCUCCUCAAAAGGACAGCUGGAGGACUCCACAAUUGAUAGUUUUAAAAAGAUGAGCGUGCCUGACCAGAUUGGUUCUACGUCGUCUGUGUGUAGUAGUCCCCUUGUUAGGACUAAAUUUACUGGUGUGGAUACAUCCAUAGAAUACUGUACUCAACCUGUAGAAGAAAUAGAGCAAAACACAGAUUCCAGGAGCUGGGAAGAUCGACCAACCACGCCCACUAUACUGGGUUAUGAGGUGAUGGAGGAAAGGGCAAAAUUCACUGUAUACAAAAUACUAGUAAAAAGAAGUCCAGAGGAAAGCUGGGUGGUUUUCAGGCGGUACACUGACUUCUCCAGACUGAAUGACAAGUUAAAAGAUAUGUUUCCAGGCUUUCGGCUGGCCCUUCCACCAAAGCGCUGGUUCAAGGAUAAUUAUAAUCCUGACUUCUUGGAAGAUCGACAGUUGGGACUACAAGCAUUCCUCCAGAACCUAGUAGCUCACAAAGAUAUUGCUAACUGUCUUGCAGUGAGAGAAUUUCUUUGUCUGGAUGAUCCUCCGGGUCCUUUUGACAGUCUAGAAGAGAGCAGG